CACAUGCAGCCGCAGCAGAUACCGCACCAGCAGGUGGUGAUGCACGCGGCCUACAUCAACCAGGCUGGCACGCCCACCCGGCCGGCGCCGCCGCGGAUCCUGAACCAGGCGCUGAGCAGCCCUGGCGUGACGUUGGUACGCACGCCGGUGCGCACGGUGCGCCCGCGCAGGCCCGCGGCGCGCCCGCCGCUGCCCGCCGCGCAGAUGCAGGUGCCUGCCAGGCUGCUGAACCCGCAACAUUCACAGGGGCAGGUGGGGUCACCCACAGUGGUGGGCAACGGGCGGGGCGCCGUGGGGACGGGCGGGGCGGUGGUGACGAGCGGCGCGGGGCGGGGCGCGCGUCCUCCCCGCCCCGCCUCCCCGCGGGUGCUGAACCCCCACGCGCACCCGCAGCACCGCCCGCCCAGACCUAGGACGCCGCUGUUGCAGCAACCUCAACAUCAACUGGCACAGCAAAUCAAUCAGCAGGUUCAUCAGCAAGGUCACCAACCACAAUUAAACCAAUUAAAACUCACCCCUCAUCAGCAACAAAUUCUCCUGAAUCAGCAAAAUCAAUCCCACGGUCAGCCCACUCGUAUUAUAACGCAGCAAGGGACCAUCGUGACCCAGAGCAUGCAGCCGCAGAUAGCGCAGCAAUCUGUGAUGCAGGCUCAGAACAACGGACCCAUGCCCCAGCAGAACGCCACCGCUGUACAGCAGCGCUCCUCCCCGCACCCUCAGCAAGUGAAGAAAGUUGUCGUGCAGCCGAAUAACGCCAACGAUAUGGACGACCUCGAGGAGAGUAUCACUGCGGCGAUACUGACCAAGCACUCUGUGAACGAAAACAUGGGUAGUCCUCAGCAGUUCCAUACGCCACCCCCGCCGAUGCGACAGAAUCACAAUCCUGGCACCGUGAGUCAGCAACACCAGCAAAUGACGUACGCGCCGCAACACGGGUACCAGCAGCAAGUGACGUACGAGCAGCCUCACUUGCAGCAGCAUCCGCAGACGCUCAGCCAGAUGCUGUUGGAGCCCGACUCCCUGGAGGAGGAGCGGCAGUUGGUGACGCUGUCGAACGGGCAAAGGAUCACGCUGGCGGAGUUCAAAAGGAUGCAGCAACCGCCGCGGACGCCCACGCAGCAGCAACAACAGCAACAGCAGUCAAGGGAAACUGGUAGACAAACAUUAGUGAGAAGUAAAGAACAGCCAAGGCCAGUGCAACGAGUACCACCUAUGCAAACACAACCAACACUACCACAUGAAAACAAUGAAAAUUCAUCGGGGCCUUCAGAACAGCAGUCAGAACCGCAGUCUGCGAAAAUGUUAAUUUUCCUUCAAAAUGGAGAACAGAGGCUAAUAACGUUCACUCUUCCUAAAGAAAGUUGUACCCUUCAGGAAGUUCUAGAACAAGUAAAUGUACCAUUUUCGGAAGACACCCAUAUACAAUGUAUGCAAAAUACCAGUAGUGAAAUAGACUAUUUUGUGUCCGUUGGCUCUACAACCAGAAUCGAAGAAAUGUUAGAAAAUCAUCCAAUGCUGAUUGGUGAUCUUAGUAGUAGAAGUUCCCCCAAUGUAUUACCCACACCCCAAAGUAGUGAUAUGUCAACUCCCGAGAAGUCUAUGUGUCCAGAAAACGUAGGCAACAGUCCUGAAUCUCCUGGGCAGCGGUCGCCGCCUCCCCGUUACGUCGAUGGUAUGCUGGCGCUAUGUAAGUGCUGUGGCUACACAGGAUUUGACUUCAAUCGAUGUCAGAGAUGUAAACGAGUGUUUACAGAAGAGCCGAAAAGUGUUCCAAUAGCAAGUAAGAAAGUAGAACAAAAAAAGAAAGAACCAGAGAAAACGAUUUUAGAAAAACAAAACCCGUGUGGUGAAGGUAUAAAGCUUAACUUGUUGAAAACAACUGUAAAGACUGUUAAUAAUAAAACUCCUGUUCAAGAAAAGAAAACCACCCGAGUAAGAAAACCCAGAGGCAAACAACCUGAGCCUGAACCAGUCAUAUUGACCUUAAGUUCAGAUGAAGAAGAUUCAAAUAGUUCCAUGCUGAGCAAUCAGCAUGAACAAUCAAUAAAUAUUAAGGAACCAUCUCCCAGUGAAAUCGAAGGUGGUACACCAGACAGCGGUAUCGCAAUGGACCAUGACGAUGGCAGCAGAGAUGAAAUUAUUCAGCCCAUUCUCACUUCACUCAACUGCAGAACAAUAAGAAUAGGCUCUUACAGAUACUCUCCAAAAGAAAAGGUAUACAUAUCAUGUAAAGGGAUAAAAAUUGUUGCACCAUCAUUGAAAAAUGAAUCGAAAGAUGUGGCUCUCCAAAUACAAUUGAAAGAAGUUGUAAGAAUACUUGUUCAUUUCGGAAAAGGACUACCUGUGAUUUUUUUGUAUACAAUGAGCAAGUGCGGAGCGUACAUUAGAAAAGCUCUUGAUAUGUCAGAAGAGUCAGGUCCAUAUUACAAUCCCAUGUCUAAAAUAGAUCCUUUCAAACGAAUAACACUAUUGCCUGAGAAUAUAACAGAGGAAGCAAAAGUGGCCUUCAAAUCACUAUUUGGUAAAGUAAUGGACGAACUAAACGCUCGAGAAGCAAAUGAAAUCUUAGUUAGGACAUGUCCUAAAGAAAGCAGUAGUGUCACGAAAAUGACUACAAGAUCACUCAGUGCUUCCAGUGCAUCUGGAGCUAAAAGCUCCAAUCCUGCAGAAAUCAGACAAAUUCUAAUAUACCCCCCUGGUAAGGGUGGCAUUCCCAUAAAUACUGAAGACUAUAUGUGCCUAGCUCAAGAUCAGUUUUUAAACGAUGUUAUUAUUGAUUUUUAUUUAAAACAUUUGGUACAUGAUGUUCUAACACAAAGUCAGAGAGAAAAGACUCAUAUAUUUAGCACAUUCUUCUACAAAAGGCUCACUACAAAGCCGAGUAAAGUGAAUAAAAGUUCCAAUCCUCUAGAAUGGGACAGCAAUCUAACAGCAGCUCAGAAACGGCAUGCAAGAGUCAAAACUUGGACAAAGAAUGUCAACAUAUUUGAUAAAGACUAUAUAGUAGUUCCUAUUAAUGAAAAUUGUCACUGGUUUGUGGCAAUAAUUUGCUUCCCAAGUCUUGAUGGUUGUCGAAGUAUGAUCGACAAUCGUACUGUUACUCCUCAAGAAAUAAAAAAGCGUGAGCGCCGGUCAUCUAUGCAGAUAGGUAACACAACAAUUACACCAUUGACAAAACAGGAACAACUUACAUUAAGUUGUGACUCAGAUAACCUUAGCGAACGAGAUGAAGCAGAAGCAGAGGAAAGUGAUUUAGACAUGCAAUGCGACUCUGAUGAAGAAGAACCUGAAAAAACUGUUGUUGAGAAGAAACCUGAAGUGCAGGUUAUUGGAAAAACAGAACCUAUAAAACAACCUUGCAUACUUAUUUUUGACUCAUUGGCUGGUGCCUCAAGAUCCAGAGUAGUCGCAACAUUACGCGACUAUCUAACUUGCGAAUUUCAGGCAAAGGUUUCCCAAAGUAAAGUUUUUAACAAAGAUAACAUGAAAGGAAGCUGCCCUAAAAUUCCCCAACAAAACAAUUUCACUGAUUGUGGCCUAUACUUGUUGCAAUAUGUUGAACACUUCUUCAAGGACCCUAUCAUGGAUUAUGCUCUUCCCAUUAAACAGCUGGCUAACUGGUUUGAUGAAAUAAUAGUAACGCGAAAGCGAGAAGAGAUCUCAAAUUUACUUAAAGCCCUGAUGCAUAGAUAUAAUCCAGAUUCGCAUUUGACCUUACCUGAUAUAACAUUCCCUACGUUAAAUGGUAAAUUAAUUGAAACUGAAGAUCAGCAAGAUGAGGGAUCAGAUGGUGAUAAAGGAAGUUCAAGUAAAUCUCAUAAAAGUGAUGGAAAAGAAACUGAAGUGCCAACACUUACAUUUGUGAAGCAAAUAUCUACUGGUGAUAUAUUAGUAAAGCGUAACUUUGCUGAUUCCUCUGAUACGAUCCAUUUGCGGAAAACUAUCAGACUGUCAAGUGAUGCUGAAAAUAGAUCUAUGGUGCAAAUAAAGCCAGAGUUCAUCAAAAAGGGUGAUAAUGAAAAUCAAAUAUUAAUACCAAUAAAAUUCCCCACAAGUGAAUUGGUGAAAGACAUUCAAAAUACGUUAAUAGUUAAUAAGCAUAAUAAAACUUUGAGUGAUAAAAAACAUGGUGUUCACAAUCAAAAUGUCACCAGCUUAAACUGUAUUCGACAAACUGUUAGUGAAAGUGAUAGUAGUUCAUUUCUGAAGUCAAGAAGAGUAAACAAACUUGAUGAUGUUAUGAAUGAAUCCAACAAAAAAUUCAAACGGAAUGAGUGUUAAAACUGUUGCCUGUCCAUAUACCAUGUCUAUUAAAUUAUUAAUAAUUUAAUAAAAGUGUAUAGUUGUUUCAUGGACUUGUAAAUACUAGUUAAUGCUAUUAAUGUAUAUUAAACUGUAUUUUAUAAAAUAAUGUAAAGUUUUAAAAUUUUACUCAUGUAUAAAUAACUUCAACAAAUUGAAAGUAAAUUAAAUACGUGACUAUCUUUCUUUUUGUUAUACUUUUUGUCCUCUAUUCCUUAAAGCCAAACCGAUUUGCUAAACUAGUUUGGUCACAAGAAAUUUUAUUAAAUACUCGUAGUCUGUCUUAAUUUCUUUACAAAAUACCAUGUUUUUCAUCUUUAAUAUUUCUAAUUUUUUUGAUAUUGGAAGCUAAUAUAACUUACACGAACUGUUUUGUCCAUAAUUUCUCUACACUGUAUAACAUGUAUGUGACCCAUAUCGCGAAUUUUAAUGUUUUUACUUAAAAAACCUAAUUGAAUUAUAUGGAAAUAUAGCAAUUUGACUCAAUAUGAUGUCCAAAGUUAUUUUUCACUAGCUUUUGCCCGCGGCUUCACCCGCGUGAAAUUUAUUUUGUCACAGAUCGUCAUAAAUAUAGCCUAUGUUAUUCUGGGUUAUAAAGAAUAAUACUGUAAGGUUUCAUCAAAAUCCGUUCAGUAGUUUUUGCGUGAAAGAGUAACAAACAUCCAAAGUUUCGCAUUUAUAAUAUUAAUAGGAGUAGGAUUAUUCUGUACAUUACCUAAAAUAAUUAUAAUACUAUCAAGCUAUACCGCUUAUCAAGCAAAUAAAUGAAUUUUGAUUUUGAUUUUUUGAUUUUUUACUUGUAAUAAAAUACAGAUGUAGAAUUUUUUUUUUAAAUCUUCGAGGAUUUAUCAUUCCUUGUGGCCAAAGUAGUUGGGCAGUUCAGUUUGGCUUUAGGAAUUAGAGGCUUUUUUUUAGUUUGGUUCGAGUUAUUGAUUAAGUAUAGGACAAAAUAAAGUGAAAAUAUAUGAUA